AUGGUGGUUUGCUGGUCCCCAGCAUGGGAAUCAGGUGUGCUGGUGGACCAGCAUAAGGUAUGUUUUGCACACUGGGACCAGCUUGGAAUGCUGGUGGAUCUUUUGGGUGCUGUUGCAGUACUACGGGACGCCAUGGAACUGACAGAGUUUACCUUCAAUCCCAAGGAGGGAAUAGACAAUCCAGCCAUGGUGACUGCAGAUGAUACAGAGCCUGUGUCAAAGCCCUCACCACGUGUGUGUGUGCUGAAGAGGGAAGAUGGAGAAACCUUUGGCUUCCAUCUGCGUGUGGAAAGAGGGCGGCAGGGUCACAUAAUCAGGCAGCUGGAUUCACUGGGUGUGGCAGAGAGGAGUGGGCUCAAAGAUGGGGACCGCCUGCUUGAAGUCAAUGAGAUGUUUGUUGACAAUGUGGAACACAUGGAGGUGGCCCGUAGGAUUCAGGUGAGUGGAUCACAACUCUGCUUCCUGGUGUUAGAUGAAAAGGCCUACAAGCUGGCUGUGUCUGAGGGUCGUGACCUUAGAGAGCUGGCUAAAGCUAGCCGUGGGGAAGGAUGGAGACCUCCUCGUCUCUGCCACAUCACAAGAGAUGCUCCUGGCCUGGGCCUCAACAUACAGCUGGUGGAAGGUGAGAAAGGCAAAUUCACAGUAAGUCCUGUGAAAGGAGGUGCUGCAGAGAAGGCAGGAGUGAAGAAAUGGGACCAACUGAUCUGGAUAGAUGGUGCCAUGGCCUCUGAACUCACACACUCUGCUAUCAGCAAAAUGGUAAAGAAGUGCAGCAAUCACAUGACAGUGCUGGUGAUUGACAGUGACAGUGAGAAGAGUUAUGUCCGAAGGAAAAUGCCCGUUCUCCCAGCCAUGGCUGAUGCAGAGAACAUGCCGUAUCGACCUCGCAGACUGCAUCUGGUAUUGGGGCCGGAAGGAUAUGGCUUCCUGCUCAGGCAGGAGAAGACUGGAGCAGGACGCACUGUCCACAUGGUGAGAGAGGUGGAUAAGGGCAGCCCUGCUGAAAUGGGAAGUGUUAAAGAAGGUGAGAUGCUUCUUGAAGUGAAUGGAGAAUCCACAGAGUCACUGAGUCAUAAUGAAGUCGUCAGCAAAAUCAGACAGAGUGGACAGCAGGUCACCCUCACAACUACGCCACCUCAGGGCCAGGACUUCUACACUAAGUUGGGCCUGUCUCCCUUGCUGUUCUGUGAGGAUGUUACAUCUGGUAGCCCUGAGGAGCAAAAGGAAAUCCCAGUGACGCUGAAGCCUGCAGUGCCCCCUGUUGAGUCUCAGGAGGAUGUGCAGAUCAAUCCUAAUGUUAGAUGCUGUAUUCUGGAGAGGGGCUCUGCCGGUUUUGGCUUCCAUUUGGCCUGCGUCCAUCAGAAACCUGGCACCUUCAUCAGCCAGGUAGCAGCAGAAGGCCCAGGACAGACUUCAGGUCUCCUUCAGGGUGAUGUGGUGGUGGAGGUGAAUGGACAGAAUGUGGAGAAAAAGUCUGUGGAGGAUGUGAUCUUACAUGUGAAAAGAGGAGGAGACACUCUUUCUUUACUAGUAGUAGAUCAGAAAGGUUAUGACUGGCUGAAGAAAAAUGGGAAGCCAAUCACUGUGAACAAACUAGCACCAAUCUCUGAGGUGGAGGAAAACCUUUCAAGUGCUGCUGAACCACCAAUACUGAAGACUGAUGAAUUGUGUGAUGUCCAGACUAAUAGUCCACCUAGUGGUGAUGGCCAUUAAAACAAGUGCUUUGAGAAUGAUG